AUGGCAUCCACCGCAUCAUGGGCGCUGACGGCCGAGGAGGCCGCCAAGCGCCUCGACGUCGACCUCUCCGUCGGCCUGGAUCGCGCCGAGUCAGAGCGCCGGAUCGUCCUGCACGGCCCGAACGCCAUCCCAGACGAGCCACCGACCCCGUGGCUCCGCCUCAUCCUCGCACAGUUUGACGACCUGCUCGUCAAGAUGCUGGUGGGAGCGGCGGCCGUUUCAUUUUGCCUGGCAAUGGGCGAGGAGGCCGGGGAGCGCCUACAUGCUCUCGUUGAGCCGCUCGUCAUCGUCCUCAUCUUGCUGCUCAAUGCCGUCGUCGGUGUGUGGCAGGAGUCGAACGCCGAGCAGGCCAUCGAGGCGCUCAAGGCGUACGAGCCCAACGACGCGGAGGUAUGGCGCGAGGGGGCGUUGUGCGUCAUCGCUGCCUCCGAGCUGGUGCCUGGCGACGUCAUCCGCGUCGCAGCGGGCGGCCGCGUGCCGGCAGACUCGCGACUG